AUGUCGGUCAAGGCCAACUACAACAUCGAGACGCCACUGCUCUGGCUCGCGCGCAAGCUCGUUGGGGACGACAAUGUGAAGUUCAUGGAGUCUCCUUCGCACUAUGUUCCCCCCAUGGCAAUCUUUAUGGAUCCGGCGCAAAUCGCUCGUCUGGAGGCCGACAUGAUGGCCGCCGCGAAUGUACCGCUUCCUGACGAGGACGAGGAUCUUUAAUAUGGAGGCAUUUACAUGUACAGAGUGUGCACUUCAGCAAUAGUACAGGCAAGGCCAUAAAAAUAUACAGGUGUACCAGCUGGGAUGAAC